AUGGUCUUCCCAUUUCAACAUAUUCAAAAUAUAAAGGUUUCUCGACAGCUAAAAAAAAAGGAAAUUCGAGAUUUUAAUUUAAGUAAUAUCUUAAUUCAUCUUCUCCGUGCCUAUACUAACCAAUUAAAAAAAGAAGGACUAUUAACAAACAAAAAAAUAAAAUUCCAUAAUUCCAUAUAUUAUGAAGUAAAAAAUGAAAAUGGAGCAAUUAACAAAAUCAAAAUUAAAUCUGGGGACUCGAUAGAGAUUGAAGAAGAAACAACAGAUAAACCAACAUAUGCUAUUGUGAGGGUAAUAAUAAGUCAUAAAGGAUCUGAAAAUAAUUCACUUGGUGGAUGUCCACAAUUCAAAUUAUGUGAUAAUGAAAAAUGGGAUGUUAUAUUUCCAAUCACUAUUGUGGAUCGACAACAAAGAGUACAUUUUGUGCAUGAUUGUACAACUGUUUGUAAGAUGG